AAAUCCGCUUUGCCGUACCUUCUUCUCUUUUCCUCCCCAGUGGGCCUGAUUGCUUUUAACAUAAACCCUUACAAUAUAGAUUACAAAAUCAUCACACUGACAAUCUACGACUGUACUUCAAAAUCUAACUUUCAAAAACAAACCCUAAAACACUAAACCUCCUUCCCUCCUCAAUGGCCAGUGACGGAAAACGGAAGAAACGAGGCCGCAAAUCUAAAACCCAGACAACCCUAGACCCCACAACUUCCACCAUAAACGAUGAGGUUUUCUCCGUUAACAAUGUCGAAACCGUGAAUUCUACCACCCCAACCAGCGCCAAAAAACACGAAAACCGCCGCGGCCGUCCUAAGAAACGAUCCAAGCACUCACCAGAGAAGCCCGAGAAACCCCCGCCAUUAAUUAAUGGAGAAAUUGGGGUUGCGCCGCCUGUGGAGGGCGUGACCAGGGUGGUUCCGGCGAUGGAUGCGGUGGUGAAAGUGUUUUGUGUACACACGGAGCCGAAUUUAUCGCUUCCGUGGCAGAGGAAGAGGCAGUAUAGUUCCAGUAGUAGUGGUUUUGUUAUUGGUGGAAGGAGGGUUUUGACUAAUGCGCAUUCUGUGGAGCAUUAUACACAGGUUAAGCUUAAGAAGCGUGGCUCUGAUACUAAGUAUUUGGCUACUGUUCUUGCUAUUGGAACUGAAUGUGAUAUUGCCUUGCUAACAGUCAAUGAUGAUGAGUUCUGGGAAGGUGUGUCACCUGUAGAGUUUGGAGAAUUGCCUUCACUUCAAGAUGCUGUAACUGUCGUUGGUUACCCAAUUGGAGGGGACACAAUUUCUGUGACAAGUGGUGUUGUAUCUCGGAUAGAGAUCCUAUCCUACGCCCAUGGAUCAACAGAGCUUCUGGGUUUGCAAAUAGAUGCUGCUAUAAACUCAGGAAAUUCUGGUGGUCCUGCCUUUAAUGAUAAAGGUGAAUGUGUGGGCAUUGCGUUUCAGUCCCUUAAACAUGAAGAUGCUGAGAAUAUAGGGUAUGUUAUACCAACUCCGGUCAUCAAGCACUUCAUCCAAGAUUAUGAGAAGAAUGGAGCAUACACAGGAUUUCCGUUUCUUGGGAUUGAAUGGCAGAAAAUGGAAAAUCCAGAUAUGCGUGUGGCAAUGGGUAUGAAAUCUGAUCAGAAGGGUGUUCGUAUCAGAAGAAUUGACCCCACUGCUCCAGAAUCUGAAGUCUUGCAGCCAUCUGACAUCAUUCUCAGCUUUGAUGGGGUAGAUAUUGCUAAUGAUGGAACAGUUCCCUUUCGGCAUGGUGAGCGCAUUGGUUUCAGCUAUCUUAUCUCCCAAAAGUAUACUGGGGAUAAUGCUGUGAUCAAAGUUCUUCGGAAUUCUAAGACUCUAGAAUUUGACAUCAAACUCUCAACUCACAGAAGGCUAAUUCCUCCGCAUGUCAAGGGAAAACCUCCAUCCUAUUAUAUCAUUGCAGGAUUUGUAUUCACGACAGUUUCUGUUCCUUAUCUCCGUUCUGAGUAUGGCAAGGAAUAUGAAUUUGAAGCUCCUGUCAAGCUUCUGGACAAACUUUUGCAUUCAAUGCCACAAUCCCCGGAUGAGCAGAUAGUUGUGGUUUCUCAGGUGCUUGUAGCUGACAUUAAUAUUGGGUAUGAGGACAUUGUUAACACCCAGGUUGUUGCUUUCAAUGGUAAGCCAGUGAAGAAUUUGAAGAGCUUGGCCAACAUGGUUGAGAAUUUUGAUGAUGAGUUUCUGAAAUUUGAUCUGGAAUAUGACCAGAUAGUUGUUCUCCGGACAAAGACUGCCAAGGAAGCUACUGUAGAUAUUCUUACCACUCAUGGCAUACCUUCUGCAAUUUCUGAUGAUCUUAAGCCAUGAAUUUGAGUAUUUAUUAGGUACGUUGCAAUACUCUUGUCAGAGCCCUGUUACCCCCCGUAUUACCUUCAUUAAAGAUGGGGUGUGGGUUGUUAAUUUAUAAAAUCUAGGGUGGAGUAGAUUUUUUCAAUGAGGGAAGCUCACCGCGUGUAUUAUUGAUGGCAAUGUCCUUUCCUUUACCUGAUUGCUUAUGUGCUUGCAUUGCAAGGUUGAAAUUGGCAACACAAUAAUGGAAAUUUACAGGCGUCAGGACUUUGUUUUAUUGGGUUAGGGGUAUGCCUUUAAAAUUUACAGGCGUCAUCUAUAUACACGAGUAGUUUGAAUGCUGAUAUCUCUUGGACAGCCGAUCUCUCUCUCUCUCUCGCUCUCAUUUUUGGGAAGCUAUACACGUUGGAAACAUGUUCAUUUUUCUGGUUAGUGCGUCACUAAGCCAGCAAGUGACUGUGAGAAGCAGCCGCUGGAUGCUCUCCUGUUCGAGGUGCCAGAUAAUAAAUUCCACAAUAAGGUGCAGGAUGAUAACUCAGUAUUUGAGUUUUGGACCCCUCUUUUUCUAUAUUUGUGCUCCUUGUUCUUAUCCAAUCUUAACAGGAAAGAAAUGCAAGAAUGCAUGGCCAGUAUCCACCCAAGAGAUGGGGAGCACAUUCUGUAGUGUUGGAUACUGCCAUUUCCCUUUUUUCCGCCUGAGCAAAAUUAUUAAGUUAUGAAGAUCAAAUAACAAAGUGAUCUGAUAGCCCUGUGCUUGAAAAGAGAAGAAAAACUAUAUACUAUACUUUUUGUGUUUUGUAAGAAAACAGACACCGGACUGGAUAUCUUACCAAGUAAACGAACUUAGAAAAAAAAUCAUUAUUAACAGUUUAAUAAAGAAACUACUCCCAAUUGGUUUGUGUGA